AUGGCCAUCACCGCGUCGUCCUCUCCACCGUCACAAUUCCCGCCCACGCCCUCUCCAUCGCCGUCCCCUCCGUCACCAGCGCUGUCGAUCGCCCGGCCCGCCGCCCGCCGCCCGCGGCGGGCCGCGCUCUCAUUAGCCCCCGGGCGUCGUUUGACGCAGCCGGGCGAAGCCGCCCAACUUGGCUCCCUCCGCCCACUCCGCCCACCCCGCGGCGCCUCCGCUGACCCACUUCGCCUUACCACGGCCCCCGAAUCUUCGAAGCGCAUGUUCCCGACGUGCCGCGUGUCGUUCACGGGCGUGCGGCCCGACCAGCGCUACGCCGUGCUCAUGGACAUCGUGCCGGUGGACAACAAGCGCUACCGCUACGCCUACCACCGCUCGUCGUGGCUGGUGGCGGGCAAGGCGGACCCGCCGGCGCCCUGCCGCCUCUACGUGCACCCGGACUCGCCCUUCACGGGCGAGCAGCUGCGCAAGCAGGUCGUCUCCUUCGAGAAGGUCAAGCUCACCAACAACGAGAUGGACAAGCAUGGACAC